AUGCCCCGGUCAGGUGCCUACCGUCUUACUGCAGUUGGCGAGGCCGGCGCGGGCAAUCCACUUUCGGCACUUGAGUGGGGCCGAUAUUAUUAUGGGGCGUCGGCCACCACCGGGCUUCUACCUACAAGCACUUUGAUCAACAUGACAUUUUCAAGACCUUACUCGACUAAAGAAGACAAUGGCUUAUGUAUAUCUUCCCUUCGAGUACCUGUUUAUCCAUGCCCUUUCAGGCAAAGCGUGGCCCCCAAAGAUCUCGGCAUGGUUAUCGGGGGGCCGGACUGCUGCUCGGUCGUACUUUCCAAGAGUUGCAGAGGUAACGGGAGAGAGAGGUGCUCAAACCUCAGGCUGAGGGUACGCUUCGUGCCUUCAUUGGACGGUUUUGAAAGGGAAAGCCCUGCUGCCUGGAGGAUUCCCGUACUUGAGCCAAUAGAAAUGGCCGUUGUGGCGGAGCACAUCACACCAGGGAUACCUGCGCGCCGCCGUAGCCAACCGGAUGACUUCUUUCCCGGCAACCUGGAUUCUUUCGUCUUUGGCAUUACUCCAUGCUUUUGGCGAACGCCAUACUUUGGACAAGACCUACAAACAGAUUUCCUGCCGAUUCUGGUCAAACUGGUCUUCGAACAGUUUUACGACUUUCACCACAAUCUUCUCGCUUCGUCAAGCUCGAUAUUUCCGGUUCAGCAAGACCACCUGAGAGCAUCCGGCAACACAUGGCCAGGCAGCCACCGAAAUCGCGAGGCGACCAAUGUUUUGGGCGACCCAUCGGCGGACAACUUUCUUCGAACGAGGCAAUUCGGACGCCUUUCUCAGAUUGCGAACCAUGGAUGCCUUGAACAAGACACCGUGAGGCAGCAAACGAGGCGGCUGGCGACCAGCUGCAAGCCCCGCGCGGAGGCCUCUUGCCUGCGUCACGUUGCAUCAUCUGGAACCUGGAAGCGCCCCCCUUUUCUCAACACAUCUUUCUCAUCACCACCUCAUCGACGAUUGGAUCUCAUUCACUCUCGGCAAGGCAGAUUUAUGCGCCACAUCAACGAGAGUCGGCUCAUCGCAUUGGAUAGCGCUUACAUCCAAUCUGAGCCUCCCCUCCCAAUCCCUCUCAAGUCACACAGUCCCAACGCCCGCUUGCCAAAGUUGGCAGGUCUUCAGAUCGAAGAGCUUGAAGUCAAGUCCAGCACACUCGAUGGCCUUUGGUUUUGCGCAUCAGUCUCCUAUCUGGCUGAUUUAGCCGGACGAACGGAUUUCGUCAUUGCAAGUUACGAUCAACUUGGUCUGGACCGGCCUUGGCAAUGCUCCAGCUUCGUUGCAGACAACUUACAAUGCGAAAGAUCUUCAAAGUUACUUGACAUUACCAAACCUCUUGGAAAGCAUUCAGUGCUCACGCUCAUCGCACCAGAGGGCUUGAGCAUCCCACGAUGUAUGAGCUGCAACUCAUCGGAACCACAACGACUCAAUUCCGACUUCACUGUCUUUUCAGGAACACCGGCACACUGCUUGAGAACAUUCAACCAACCUGUGGGGCCCAUUGUGUGCUUGGGGAUUGAAUCCUUCGGCAACCUCGCCCCCCUGCCGGAGACCUGCUCCCUCGAUUCGAAUGGCACGCCGUCCCUCAACGUUACUGCCCAUACUGCGGCAUUACCAAGCUCAGCCAUGCAAGGGUCGGAAGUGUAUUAUGUCUCCUUCAAACCUCGAAUUUGGAAAGCAAUGGUUCGCGCGCUCUGCACGCUGGCCGUAUUUAAACCUGCCAAGUUGGAUCCUGAGGAACCUGCACACUUCACACACCAACGGUCAGAUUCGGAACCUCACGAACAGCUAGCUACCUGA